AUGGGAAUGGAUUUACAUUCAGCAAAAUCUUUUAUGAUUGCCGCACUUCGUUCACAUUUAAAAACUCAAGAAUAUGUUUAUAUUAUUCCUUGGCUUGCACAUUUACACGAUCAUUACCCUUGGGAGGCUACAAAUAUUGAAAAAUCUGAAACUCGAGUUGCUUUUGAUGAUGCAAUUGUAAUAACUGCACAUGGAUAUGAUAAAAAGUUUAUCGAAGAUUUUGAAUUGAGAUUAAAUAAAGUUACUGGGGUAAUUAGUACUUAUUAUGCAACAUUAUCAUAUAUGUCUUUAUAUGAUGCAUUAUUCCUUUAUGGAUUAGCUGUUAGGGAUGCUUAUGAAGAAACAAAAAAUCAAAGUGUUUUCUUGGAUGGUUUGUAUAUUUGGAAGAAAAUGACUGCCAGACAAUUUAUUGGAGUUACCGGACAAGUUUUGAUUAACAAUAAAGCUAUUAGAGUGCCCAGUUAUGCUACUUAUCAUACUAAAAAUGGAACAAUGAAAAUAGUAGUUGAAUUAACUGCUCGUCUUGGAGAUAGAUUAAAAUGUGCAAUGAGUGAGAAUGAUUGUUCAGAACAUGUUGCCCACGAAACUAUGUCCCAUUAUUAUUCAACAGCAGAUGGGGCUAUGCCCCCAGAUAUGCCAAAAUGUGGAUUUGAUGGGGGUUUAUGUGAUUAUACAUUCUUUUAUGUCCUUUUUGGUGUAAUAUUAUUUUUGGGUGUAACAAUACCUACUGGCUAUUAUUUACAUAUGAAAGAGAAGGAAAGAAUGUUAUAUGAUAUGACUUGGCGUAUUCCACGUGAACAAGUUAGAUUACUUGAAGUUCGAGGUGGAAAGGGUAAAUCAAUGUCAAUGCAAAGUAGAUCGGCUGAAAGUCAUUCAUAUGAUGAAAGUAUCGGUUCAAAAGCGAAUAGUCGUUUACAAGCCAAACAAGCAGUAGCCAACGGUGUCAAAUGUGCAUAUAAACGUUAUCAACAAACUCGAAACAUUUCUUUUAACAAACACGAUUUGAGCCGUUUAAAAGAAUUAAAAAUUAUGGAGAAUGAGAAUUUAAAUAAAUUUUAUGGAAUUUGUUUUAAUCAACAAAAUGAAUUUAUUUGUUUGUGGAUUUUGUGUCAAAGGGGAAGUUUGGAAGAUGUUUUGUUUAAUGCCGACUUAAAAAUUGGAAAAAAUUUUCAAGCAUCUUUUGCUAAAGAUGUUGUUAAAGGACUUUUCUUUUUACAUAAUUCUAUUUUGAGAAUGCACGGAUCUCUUUGUUUACAGAAUUGUUUGGUGGAUUCUAAUUGGAAUGUAAAAUUGACAAAUUUUGUUACCGAUGAAUUAUGUGGGGAUAAACUUAGACAUAAUGAACUAAAAUAUAUGAUGGAUAGUGAAAUUGAAAGGGAAAAACAAAAGAAAAGGCGUGAAAAAGAAGAGAAAAAACGUGAAAAACAGAAGGAAAGAGAACGUGAGGGUAAAGAUAGACGUGAUGUGAGCUCUUCGGAGUCAUUGGAAGAUCAAAAAUUGGAAGAGGCAAUUGUUAACGAUAAAGUUAGAGAUCAGGCAAAUAUGAAAAAAUAUGUCCAAUACGCUCCUGAAAUAAUUCGCGAAUUUUUGAGUGCAAAACAUUUGCCUAUUGGAACCCAAGCAUCUGAUAUUUAUUCUUGUGGAAUGGUUUUAUAUCAAAUUUUAUUUAAAUUGGAGCCUUUUGUUGAGAAGAAUUUAUCUCCCCAAAAAUUACUCAAUAGAAUUGCUAUGGCUAACGAUAAUGAUCAAAUUAUUAGGCCAAUAUUUCCAAAUCAAGUACAAACUGUUGCUAAUCCUGCUGAGGAAGCUUAUAAUUUACAAUUACUUUCUGCAUUAGAAGCUUGUUGGCUAGAAAUUCCAGAAAUGAGACCAAAUAUAAAAAGACUAAAAGCAAUUGUAAAUGCAAACUUAAAAUCGACGGGAAGUGGUUCUUUAGUUGAUCAAAUGAUGAAAAUGAUGGAAGAUUAUACAGCUAAUUUGGAAUUGUUGGUUAAAGAAAGAACUCAAUUAUUGGAGGAGGCACAACAACAAGCUGAUCGUCUUCUUAAAAAUAUGUUGCCAUCAACAAUAGCCGAUGAUUUAAAAGCUGGAAGGCCAGUCCCCCCACAAUUAUACACAAAUUCAACAGUUCUUUUCUCUGACAUUCGAGGAUUUUCUCGAAUGGCUGCUAAUUCAACCCCUUACCAAGUUGUUGCUUUUUUGAAUGAUAUGUUUAGUGGAUUUGAUGCUAUUAUAGCUAAACAUGAUGCUUUUAAAGUUGAAACGAUUGGACAUACUUAUAUGGUUGUUUCUGGUGUCCCUCGUGAAAAUGGUAAUUUACAUGUACAGCAUAUUGCAGAUAUUGCACUUAAAAUGCGUACAUUUGUUUCAAACUUUAAAGUUGGGCAUCGUCCAGAGGAGAUUAUUAUGGUUCGUAUUGGUUUCCACAGCGGUUCUGUAGCUGCUGGAGUUGUUGGAUUAGCUGCUCCCCGUUAUUGUCUUUUUGGGGACACAGUAAAUAUGGCCUCCAGAAUGGAAUCGACAGGUUUAGCCAACAAAAUUCAAAUAAGCGAGUCUUCUUUUAAUUUAUUAAAAUGCUUUUUUCAACAAUUUAUUGCUGUUGAAAGAGGGAAAGUUGAAAUUAAAGGAAAGGGGGAAUGCACAACAUAUUUUUUGGAUGGAAAGGACCAAUAUACAACACAAACAAAUAUUAUGCAACAAAGAAAGAAGUAA